AAGUUAAGCAAGUUCGUCUCACAACACGAUCAAGUUCAAUACAAUUAUACUGGGCAAGUAGUGAUCAACUUGGGGAAAUCCCAAGACGGCAAGUAUACCAGCGCUUAAUCUGUUCUAGUCAGUAAUCAACCUCAGUGCGAAGAGAAUUAACACAAGGAAGCGAGAUGAUCCGGUGUGAAAUAUUUUUCUUGAUAGCAGUUAGUGUGGUUGUUAUCAGUUUUUGCACGGUUUCAUCUGCUCCUCGAGCGCAGUUUAACGGCCAAAUUCAGACGAAUUUCCUUGCUCCGAGUCGUCCGCAAUCACCGUACAAAGAUGGACAGCGUGAGGGACCGGAUGGGAAUUCGGAACUUUUUGCAUUUCCGGCUGAUCCAUCGAUGAUCGAAUCAAUGCACAAUGCCAGAAAUCGAACUCCGGUGUACAUUCCAAACAAGUGCCAGAAAAAUGAGAUCCUUUAUCCCGGGGACCAGGAUAGUGACUGGGUCUGCGAUUGCAAACCAACGUACGUCUACCAUCCACCAACUCGUCAGUGCUAUCAAAUGUAUACCCAAGGUUACUGUGAAAACGGCACAAUGAUCUAUCUAGCGCCGAAAGCGAAACACCCGGAUUGCAUCCCAAACGAGUGCUACAACCCACAAGAUUCAAACGGUUCGCUGGUUCCGUACAACGGAGUGUGUGUCGUCUUGAACGGGUAUCAUCACGGGUGCGACAUCGGUGAGCUGAAACAGGUCGUAGGGAUAAACGAGACAACACACGAAUUGGGUUGUCUGAACAUUUCUGGUGUCAAGGUGAAAAAUCUGUUUGGAUCGGUCAGUGGACAGUCGAGUCAAAAUAGAGCGUAGACUCGGAACUGGCAUUCAGAUAUUCUGAAGAAUAAAUCCAUUUUUUAAA